ACCAGUAUUUGUGAUAAAUUGUUUAUAUAUUAACUGGCUUAAAUACAUCUGUUGCUACCAAGCGCAAUAAAGUUAAAUACUGUGUAAAAACUAAGUUCAAUUAAUCUGUCAAUAUAAAGUUGACUGCAGGAUGAAAAAGAUGAAAACUUGAUUUAUGUACAAACUAUUUAGGAACUAUUCACCAACUAGAGCUGAUAUUGCAUAAGUCAUCUAGAUAUUAUUGAAGAAGAUAUUAGAUAAAUGUGUCAUCCGGGUUCUUAACUAAAACUAGAAAUGAGAGGAAAUAAAAAUGAAUAAAUAUCUAAAAGAACGGAAUAAUGAGAAGGACAAAGAGUGUUAUAGUCCUGGGAAUGAUAGCUUGUCUACUGGUGUUUAAAUCUUACUUUGAUAACGCAGUUUGGUUCAUGACAGACCAAUCUAAUAAGAAGGAGACUAUACGGUUAGAAGAGUCAUCAGAAACUGACAAUCAUUUACAUCCAACACCAAUUGUUAUAUUAACCUAUAUGAGAAGUGGUUCAUCUCUUGUCGGAGAUAUAUUACAACAGAGUAAAGAUGUAUUUUAUUUGUUUGAACCACUCAGACUUCCACAGUUUAAACUAAGGAAGCAGCAGCCCUAUUAUAGCCUUGACGGAAAUGAAAGGUUAUAUAAUAGUUUCCUUGAUGCCGGAAGAGAUAUUAUAAGAAACUGGACAACAUGCAGUUUAUUUGGUCUUCCGUACGUUACCUGGAGCGAUGGAUUUCUUUCUAAAAGCAAAAAAGCAAAACUAUAUGGUGCUUGCAAAAUUUUUGAAUCAAACAUGCUACCUGAAAACGAAACGAUAUAUAGUUGUGUUAACAUGUUAAAACAAGUAUGCAUACAGACAAAAUACGUGGUGCUGAAAAUAAUUCGUCUUCCAGUCGAUCAGUUGGAACCAUUGAUGAAGGAAUUCCCGUCUAUGAAAAUUAUUCAUCUAAUUAGGGACCCACGGGCAACAGUUUUAUCCCAAAUGAAAUUUGGAGUGAUAACAUUAAAAUCGUUUGUGACAAAUGUUAUAGAUUUUUGUUCUAGAAUAUACAGGGAUCUCGUAACUAUUGAUAUAUUAUCAAAUAAGUAUCCGGAAAGAGUUUUUACAUUUUUCUAUGAAGAUCUUGCUAAAAAUCCUUUAGAAAUGUCAAAAGAAUUGUACAAAUUCACAGGUAUAAGUUACACACCGGAAGUGGAAAAGUAUGUUUUCAAUAUUACAAUGUCUGGAAAAUCCGGGAAUUGUGGGAAUUUAUGUACAGUAAAAUCUAAUUCCUCAAAACAAGCAGAUGCAUGGCGGUCAAAGAUUGAUAUGCCAAAAGCUCGAAUUAUUGAUCGGUCAUGUAGGCCUGUGUACCAACGGUUAGGAUUCAGGGAAAUAAAAAGUGAGGAAAUGUUAAAAAAUCAUGAAAUCCCGUUGAGAGUAGGACGUGAAAAUAUAAACGACUAUCGGUAUGCAUAAUCAAUUGUACUGGGAUGUAAUUUCUGUGUAGAAAACAAUAGUGCAUUUACCAUUUUGCUGUGUAAGGGAUUUUAUUUUAUUAUGUUAUUCGGUUUGUAUCAUGUCAUGUCAAGUUUUGGUUUUGUCUAGUAGUCGUGGUAGUAGUAUAUAUGCGCUUUUUACUUGGUAAUUCAAGUUUUUCGUUAAAAAUCAAAAUGCAAUUCCCAAAAUUUCUCGAAAUUGAUAAGAACGUAUCAUCCCGCAGUGUUAUUUAAAAUAGAUCUCUUUACCAUCUUUAACUAGUAUUCCUUUCAGUUUAAUGAAACUAACUCCUAAUUUUAAAGAUGUGAAUUUAGCUCAGAAUCACAAGUAAUAUAAAAAACCUAUGUGUUUGAAUUAGGGAAAAGACAUUGACUUUAAAAGUUUAUUCAUUUUUCUCCUACUCUAAGGAUAGAGCAUUUAUCAUUAUUAUGUUGUUGAAUUUUUCAGGUAGGUCAGUGGGAUAUAAAAAAAAAUGUUUUGUAUUUGAUUUA